UAGAAAAUGAAGGGGAACGGAGUCCCUCUCUCAGCGCGCGUCCUGCACUCUAAGCAUGAACAGGUUCAUUCGGAAGAGCUUUGCUGUAAAUUUAGGUGGCAUACGAGUCCGAUCGAGAUGCCUGUGUGGAGCUGCCGCUGCUGGCCCAUCCGGUUCGAUUCGCCAAUCCAAUCAUGGUCAAGAGCAGCAAUGUAGUGGAACCAGCAUUGCCCAAUAUGACAUCGCUAUUGUUGGAGGGGGAAUGGUUGGCAUGUCUCUUGCUUGUUCCUUAGCAAGCAUGCCAUUGACAAAGCAUUUAAAUGUUGCCAUCAUUGAUAGCAAUCCAGCAUUGGUCAAUGGAAUUCGCAUCAACAAACAGGAUCCUCCAGAUCCUAGGGUCAGUACAAUAACGCCUGCAACAACAUCAAUGUUCAGAGAUAUUGGUGCUUGGCAAUAUCUUCAGCCAUAUCGACAUGCAUAUUUUGAUCAAAUGCAGGUAUGGGAUUAUACUGGCUUGGGAUAUACUCGAUACCAUGCAAGAGAUGUGGAUAAAGAUUCACUAGGGUGCGUGGUUGAGAAUAAGGUGCUUCAAAGUUCUCUACUGCUGUGUAUACAGAAUGCAGAUUUUCAGAAGAGAAUCUUUCCUUCCAGACUAGUUUCGAUGAGCUUAAAUCCAGGUUUGAAGUCUAAACAGAUGGAUGGUAUCUCUUCAGAGAUUUCUAGGGCGGACCUCGCAAAGCUGCAUUUGAGUGAUGGAACUUGCCUAUAUGCGAAGUUGGUGGUUGGUGCUGAUGGGUCCAAGUCACAAGUGCGGGAAUUAGCUGGAUUUAAGACUACUGGUUGGAAUUACUCACAAAAUGCAGUCAUCUGUACAGUAGAACAUGCUUCAGAAAACCAAUGUGCUUGGCAAAGGUUUCUUCCUGCUGGUCCAAUUGCCCUUUUGCCAAUGGGCGAUAAUUUUAGCAAUAUUGUAUGGACCAUGAACCCAAAAGAAGCCUUGGAUCGAAAAUCAAUGACUGAAAUUGAUUUUGUGAAGACAGUGAAUCAUGCUCUUGAUCAUGGAUUUGGUCCUCACCCCACAUCAAGCUUGUUAGGGAAAGGAAAUAUAUUUUCUUGGUUCGGAGCAGGUGUGCCCACAUCUGGCAAUGGGGGAUUUGAAAUUCCCCCGAAAGUGGUCAAGUUGGCAUCUGAAAGAAUGGUGUUCCCUUUGUCCCUGAGGCAUGCUAAUGACUAUGUGUCAAAGCAUGUUGCUUUAAUUGGAGAUGCAGCACAUACUGUUCAUCCUUUGGCUGGUCAGGGAGUCAAUUUGGGCUUUGGAGAUGCAUUUGCUCUUUCAAGAGUAAUUGGCGAGGCCAUUGCUGUUGGUAUGGACAUAGGGGAGGCGUCUUUGUUAAAGAAAUAUGAAGCAGAGAGGAAGCCAGCUAACAUUGCUAUGAUGGCGAUCCUUGAUGGGUUUCAAAAGGCUUACUCUGUUGAUUUUGGACCUUUAAACAUACUACGAGCUGCUGGUUUCCAUGCUGCCAACUAUAUCUCACCUCUCAAAAGGAGCAUUAUAUCAUAUGCCUCGGGCGAGCAAAGACUGCCGCUUUUCACAUGAGGCUUAAGCUGUUUUUGAAAAGAUACAUUUUUAACUUCUGUGAGUACCAGAAAUCCCUCCUCUUAUCAGUCACUGCAAGUCUGAGAUAGGCUUAAAAUUUUUUCUCAGUUUCUUAACAACGGUUGUGCAACUCUCCUUCGGUGUAUAUAUAAUGCUUCGGAAGCCAAAUUUCUUGUGGCCAA